AUGGAACAGUCAUUGCCCGUACAGUCGCAUCUCCAAGAUGAAAUGCUACUAGAGAGCUUGAAGAACCCAGAGGACUUCUGGGCUCGCCAAGCCGAGCACCUUUACUGGCACAAGAAGCCCGAAGCCACGCUGCGAAUGUCACAGAGAAAGCUGCAAACAGGCGAGGUUCAUCCGACUUGGGAGUGGUUCUCUGGCGGCGAGAUAUCAACGUGCUAUAACUGCCUUGACAGACAUGUAGCUGCAGGCAACGGAGACCGGGUGGCUAUUUACUACGACAGUCCGGCUACAGACACAAAAGAGACCUAUAGCUAUAAUAAUCUCCUCGGCGAAGUUGAAGCCCUAGCUGGGGUACUCAGGCAACAAAAUGUCAGAAAGGGUGAUGUGGUGAUGCUGUAUAUGCCCAUGAUCCCAGCGGCUCUAAUCGGAAUGCUGGCAGUUAACCGUCUCGGAGCCAUCCACGCCGUCGUAUUUGGCGGCUUUGCAGCAAAUGCCCUUGCUCAACGCAUUGACUCCUGCAAACCCGUGAUUCUGCUGACUGCCUCAUGUGGCAUCGUCGGGAACAGACCUCCCAUUGCGUAUCGACCGCUGGUGGAGGAGGCAAUUGGCCUGUCGUCUCAUAAACCGGGGCGUAUUGUGGUUUGGGAGCGAGAACAAUUACCGUGGGGUACGAAAUCCUUUGCAUGUGGUGGUACUCUAUCUCGAUGGCUGCAAAGACUUGGCCGUUUUGUAGGGACGACCAGCGACAACUACAUCUCAUGGCAAGGCGCGGUGAGGAAGGCAAAGGCGCGCGGCGUCAAGGCGGACUGCGUAGCAGUAAACAGCAAUGAUCCCAUAUACAUCAUCCACACCUCUGGAACGACUGGGACUCCCAAGGGAGUACCGCGCGAUGCGGGUGGCCACGCGGUGGGAUUGCAUUUUUCCAUCAGCUACAUCUUCAACAUCCACCAAGGAGAUGUCGCCUUUACAGCUUCAGAUAUUGGCUGGGUGGUGGGACAUUCCUACAUCCUGUACGCACCGUUGCUUGCGGGAGCUUCCACUGUCUUAUAUGAAGGCAAGCCAGUCGGAACGCCUGAUGCAUCCGCCUUUUGGCGCGUGGUGGCAGAAUACAAAGUCAACACAAUGUUCACUGCGCCGACUGCACUGCGAGCCAUUAAACGCGACGAUCCUAAUAACCAUUUCCUCUCUAAAAUUGGCGAGGCCGGGGGCCUACGAUCACUUCGGGCGCUCUUCCUUGCCGGCGAGCGUUCAGAGCCCAGUUUAAUAUCCAUGUACCAAGGGCUCCUCGAUAAAUAUGGCGCACCCUCUUCCUCUCACGUCAUUGACAACUGGUGGUCAACAGAAGCAGGAUCACCUAUAACGAGCAGAGUUCUUAACCCGCACGCCGCGCUAGAUCGUGAAUCUAGCGUACGGAAUUACAGCCCUCUACGUAUUCAACCUGGGAGUGCUGGCAAGCCGAUGCCGGGAUUUAAUAUUCGUGUCGUGGAUGAGCAGGGUGAUGAAGUACAAAGAGGCUUAAUGGGUAAUAUUGUCUUAGGGCUACCUCUGGCGCCAACGGCAUUCCGUACACUAUGGGCAGAUAAGGAGAGAUUCUAUUAUAGCUACUUGAGACGAUUUAACGGGAAAUUCCUGGAUACUGGAGACGCAGGGUGGAUUAAUGAUGAAGGCUAUGUUUAUGUCAUGAGUCGAAACGACGAUGUGCUGAACGUCAGCGCGUAUCGACUAUCAACUGGGUCCAUAGAACAAGCCAUCUCAUCGCACCCACUUGUCGCAGAAUGCUGUGUGGUCGGUGUUCCUGACGAACUCAAGGGCCAGCUCCCAUUCGCAUUCAUUACCCUUUCCACGGCGAGCCAUCCCGAGUCCGCAAUACCAGAUGCCAAGAUUUCACUUGAGAUCCAGUCGCUUGUGCGUAGGCAAGUCGGUGCAUUUGCGUCGCUAGGGGGGAUUAUCCAAGGGAAGGGCAUGAUUCCCAAGACACGAUCUGGGAAGACGUUGCGACGAGUACUCCGAGAACUGGUUGAGAAUGCAGUUUACGGAGAAUUUGCCAAGGCGGUUGUAGUGCCUGGUACAGUGGAGGACGCGGUCGCGGUGGACGUGGCCCGAUUCAAGAUCAAGGAGUAUUUCGAGAAGAGCGGCAGCAAGCACAAGCCGAUCGAGUCAAGGGAAACGAGAAGGACGUCGUAA